GAAACAACCCAAAUUAAACACCUUGUCCAGCAACCGGUACAGCUCUGCCCUAUAUAUCCUGAACUCCACAACUCCACCAUUCACGCGAUACCGUAUUCCUGGACUUGUAGGACCUGCAGCGACAAUGCGAGGGCUUCAGGUUGGACAGAAACGCGAAGGAAUGAGGGACAGAUUGGCUGAAUUACAGGAGGUGUCUGAUGGGCAGGAUGAUUCCUCUUCUAACUCCAUGUCAGAGGUCUUCAGCAACAUAGACCUGGAUGAUGUGCAGCCCCAGGCAGUUGUGUUUAACGAGGGGCCUUUGGAUAAUGUGUUUCAAGAGGCGCAGAGCAUACGGCAGGAAAUCCAUCUGAUCCGAUUGGACGUCGGCCGGCUGAGGGAUCAGAACACACGGAUGCUGAGCGAGGUGACUCGCAUGAGCGCCAUCCGGAGGGACUCCAACGCCAUUGCCGCUGACAUCAAAUCCCGCGGCGAGAGAGUGCUGGCCCAGCUCCAAAGGAUGGAGGCGCAAGGUAAGGAGCUAGAGGAUUCCGAAGGGACCAACUCGGCAGCGGCUCGCGUCGCCCGGACCCAGUACGUCUGCCUGAGCAACGGCUUCCGGGACGCUAUGUUUAACUACAAUGAGGUGGAGAUGUUGCACAAGGAGAACUGCAAAGCCAACCUCCAGCGCCAGCUGGAGAUCGCAGGCAAGGAGGUCACUGGCGAGCAGAUUGAGGAGAUGAUCGAGAACGGCAACUGGAAUGUUUUUACAGAGGACAUAGUUGACAGCAAGACCGUUGGAGGUGCCCUUAAUCAGAUUGAGAGACGACACAAGGAGCUUCUGGACCUGGAGAACCGCGUUCAGAGUAUCCAUGAGCUAUUUUUGGAUUUGGCUCUGCUGGUGGAAGAACAUGGUCCCAUGACGAACACCAUCGAGGCUAAUGUUAACAAGAUAGAUGCAUCCCUAGGGCAGGUCAUGGUCAAGCUGAAUACGGCCAAGAAGCACAGCAGGAAUAACCCCUUCAAGAAGAUGUUCUGUGGCUGCUUCCCAUGCUACAAGUGAGAAGCAUGUCUCCAAAUUGUACUGAGGACACAAUGAC